GAAUUGAAAAUGAAAUUGAUAAGACACAUCUUUUAAAAGAUUUUGAUAAUAACGUUUCGAAAAAGUAGGUCGGAAAAAUCCCCUUAAAAAAGUGAAUUAAAUAUAAACAGCAUUAAGCAAGGAAACGUAUUAAAACUAAUUAAAGUCUAGUCAUUUAAUAUAGAACACUAGUUACCUUUUUCCAAAAAAAAUUAAAUUCUUCCAAGCUCGGCUUUAGACUCUCUGUGGAUUUGGUCUGUAUUAAUAUUAAAACGAUAUGUCAUUUAAAAUAUUUACGCUUAUAUUAUUAACCGAAAUUUUUAAUUUCGAUGAAUGUCUCACAUCCAAUAUAAUCUUUCCACAAAUCGAUGACUUCCCCACGGAAUGCAGUUUACCUGAUGGCUCUGACGGUACUUGUCGCAAUCUGAAAUAUUGUCCAAGAGCAAUAACGGCUAAAAAUAUAACUGUCUGCUAUUACGAACAAUUUGAACAGUUUGUUUGUUGCAAAAAUAACCUUUGGUCUGAUGUCACGAAUAGACCUAUAACAAGAGCAUGUGAAGGAGAAAUUCCGGUCAAUACAAACUUCUUGAAAAGGAGCGGCACUAAUAUCCACGUUCCUUACGUCUUGCGAGGCUUAUACACAUAUCUUGGUGAAUUUUCAUAUAUGGCGGCCCUAGGUUGGAACAUGUUAUUCGGAGAAAAUGCAUACGAUUAUAAGUGCGGUGGGGUUUUAAUAUCCGAUAAAUACAUUUUGACGGCAGCUCAUUGUGGGCUUUUGAAUGGGGCACCUCCUGCCGUGGCGUUACUUGGAGGCUCGAAUUUAAACGAUACCUCUUCAAAGCCAGUAAAAAUCGAUGAAAUCAUUUUUCAUCCUGGCUAUAAAGCAAACGAGAGCUAUCAUGACAUUGCGUUAAUUAAACUGAAAGAUUCAGCUUCGGAAAAUACGAUUUGCUUAUGGGGCAUAUACUCUUUGAAUGAUGUCAAUGUAACGGCAGUUGGCUACGGGCACACAGAAUUCGCUGGAAUGGGUUCACCAACAUUACUUAAGGCUUAUUUAACGGUUAUACCAAACGGAGAAUGUGGUUUACAUUACAGAACAGAAGAAAGUCUCC